CAUCAGAUGGAGAAGAAACAGAAGUCAUGCAGCAGGAGACAGCUCCGGUUCCUGCACUAUCAAAGAAACCCAAACAGCCUAAAGAGUGUUUCUUAAGACCACCAAAGGAAUCAAAGGAGGUUGCUACCAAGACCAAAAAGACCAAAAAGAGGAGAAAGAAGAAAAUUACUGACAUUCUUGCAAAAUCAGAGCCCAAACCGGGGACACCCGAAGAUCUUCAACAGUUGAUGAAGGAUUAUUACAGCAGCAGGCGCUCGGUGAUUGAAUUAGAAGAACUAACAUUACCAGAUUGCUGUUUUCUCAAGAGCAAUGACUUGACUCAUAGUCUUUCAUCUUACUUAAAAGAAAUCUGCCCUAAGUGGGUUAAACUUCGGAAAAACCACAGUGAGAAGAAAUCCAUUCUGAUGCUGAUCAUCUGCAGCUCUGCCAUUAGAGCCCUGGAGCUCAUUAGAUCAAUGACAGCAUUCAGAGGAGAGAGCAAAAUAAUAAAAUUAUUUGCAAAACACAUAAAGGUUCAGGAGCAAGUCAAAUUGCUAGAGAAGCAUGUCAUGCACCUGGGUGUAGGAACUCCAGGAAGAAUUAAAGAACUCGUUAAACAAGGUGGCCUUAAUUUGAACCCCUUAAAGUUUCUGGUUUUUGACUGGAACUGGAGAGAUCAGAAGUUGAGGAGGAUGAUGGACAUUCCCGAGAUAAGAAAAGAAGUUUUUGAACUUCUAGAAAUGGGUGUCUUCAAUCUGUGCAAGUCUGAAUCUUUGAAGCUGGGUCUGUUCUAACUCUGGGCCCUACUGAAAAUUCCAGUUUUCCUGGUAAUGUUUGUGUCUCAUUUAAUGGCUCUGGCACAUUUAAAACACUCAGUUUAAAUCAGCUAUUAGUUUACCAUGUUAACUAUGUCGCCGAGUGACCAAUGGUAAUGUUUGAUGGGCAUUCUUUAGAAAAAAAUAAAUCUGUCCUUUGUCAACUUGUACAAUAAAGUAUCAUCAGCUUGUA